UCUGCGCUGGCUCGGCGCCCGUGCGGUGCCUUUGCACCAAGUGCUUCGGGAGGUGCAGGAGCCGCGCCCGGGAGGAAGGUGGGACAGUGAUGGAUGCAGCAAUGCUUCACGGACCUGGCGUGUGCCUGACGCUGAGCCUGGUGUGCUGGAUGCCGAACACCAAAUGCUGAUUAAAUGGUGCUAGUGUGGAAGGAAGAGGGGGGAGGAUGAUGGAGAGUUUGACCUGUCAGGGGCUUUGCUUGGCAGAACAUCUCCAGAGCUGCAUGGGGGAGUGGGGCUUUGUGAGUCCUUUUACUCCUGGUUUUUGUUAUAUUUUUAAAUAAUCUAAGCAAAACGGGUAUUUCCAUAAAUAGCUGAAAGUAAGAAAGUUGUUCUUCUCCAGGUUUGCUGUAGUGUCCCAUAGCAGCUGGCACGGGUUCCUGUCCACGGCGGGGACACCGGCACCCACCAGCUCUCCCCAUCGCGUUCCACAAACGUGACAUGGAGGAGGUGACCCCGAUGGACCUGGCCCAGGCCCCGCGGUGCUGCAGCAGGGGCUGGGACGCUGGGGCAGCCCCGUCCGCCCGUCACUAAUCAGAGGUGGUACCCGCUGACCCUCCCCGCGUGGCUCAGGCUGCUGGAGCCCCCCGAGUCCUCCCCGGUGCCGGCAGCGCCUGCGCAGCCCUGGCAGAGGUGGCACGUGGGGGACGAGCGGUUUGGAGGAGACCCCUGAGCAAGUGGAGCAGGAGCCCAGACCUGAGAACCAGGACCAGAGGGGAACGGGUCGUGCAGAGAACAUGCGGGAAUUCACCAAACGCAGGAUCUUGAAAAGAGAUGGUGCUUGUGAGGCGAACAAGGAGAUGUUCUGUUCUGAGCGAUGAACUGCUGCUGCUGUUUUCUAUGAAAAGCCAUUUUCCACCGCCAAGCCCGCAUCGCUGGGGCCGUGUCGCUGGGUCUGUGGCAGAGCUGCUCCCGUCGUGGCUGAGGGCCGGACGCUCGGAGGCAGAGUUAAAAACCCGUUAAAGGGCAGCGGAGGGUUCUUAUGUGUUGGGAGCCGAGGGAGAACAACCGAUCGGAGCUGUGGUUUCAUGUGUGCCGGUACCUGGUGCUGCACCGUGCGGGUUGUGCCCACAGAGACUUCUGGCCGGUAUCCGGUGACCGAAGCCGGUGUUGCCGCAGGCGCGGGAGCAGGUGGCAGCGGGGACACGGACCCUCUGCAUCAGCGUCCUGGGCAGGAGCCGCAGAUCCCGUGAGCCGCCGCUCCUGCUGGGCACCGCUGGAACAGAUCGGCCUAAUGGGGGAGAAACAGCCAAGUGCCACUGCUCACCAGGCCCCGAGCUGGGACGCAGAGCCGACUGCAUCUCCCUCUCCUCGCACCGCAAGGAAUUGUAAUCACACACCAAAGGGACAGACAGGCUGGAACGUAUUAACUGUGGCUGUCACGUGGAGCCGCCCCAGGGACCCGUAUAUGAGCGGGGAGGCUGCUGAGCUGGAUUCAAGGGGCAGAGUGUAGGAAAACGAGCACAGGCUGGUGGGAACGUGUCCCGCGAGCCCGGCACCGCUACCCGCCGCGCUUUACAUCCACCGAAACCUCCCCGUACCUUCGAUUGCCUGGCAGCCUCUGCUUUGAAGCCAGAAUAAAAGACAACUUCUAAUGUGGUAAAGGAUAAAACACAAUGGGGAAGUCGGUCUGCUCUACAGGAGGAAUAAUAGGUCUAUUAGGUGAAUACAUUUGCUGUGAACCCAGCCAAAACAUUUCAUUAGAGCAACGGGGCUCCUCUCUCCCCACUGAUAAAGGAACCCGUGCGGAGGGGCCGGAGCUGCCGGGGGUUUCAUUUGGGAGGCGGGGGGCCGUGUGUCCCGUGGGGGGGCUGGUCCAGUGUGGGAUGUGGCUGGUGAGCGGGAUUCCCUCUGCCUUGGGCCCCCUUCUCCCACGCACCGGGGACACCCGCCUUUCGCACCAGGGACACCCGCCGUCCGGAGGGACCGGGGACACCCACCUUUCACACCGGGGACACCCGCCUUUCGCACCAGGGACACCCGCCAUCCGGAGGGACCGGGGACACCCGCCUUCCGGAGGGACCGGGGACACCCACCUUUCACACCGGGACACCCGCCUUCUGGAGGGACCGGGGACACGCGCCUUUCGCACCGGGGACACCCGCCUUCCGGAGGGACCGGGGCUGUCACUGCAGACCAGGCUGAGCACUGAGCAGAAAAGUUUUCAGUUGAUUUCCGUGGCUCUGGAGACUCGCGGUGACCCCGUAUGGGAGGUGCUGGGCGCCCCCGGGCUGGGCCUGGGUCCACCUCGCUCCCUGGACCCCUGGGAAUUAGGGCUCGUACCCGCGAGCCGGGAAUGCCCUGUGGCUCUGGAGCUGUGUCACCGGGAGGGCUCAUCGCAAGUGUCCUUUACCCUCCGAAGUCACGUCUGGCUCCUCGUCAGCCUUUCCCAUUCGCUGCAAACCGCUCCCUGGACAGCGAAAUGUUUUAAUGCGCGGGACGCGGGGACACGGCGGCACUUGUCCCUUCAUCACCACCAGAGAUCACGGCAAAGCAGGCUGGCAACACUUAAUAAAUUGAUUCAAUUUGGUGAGCCAAAAAAAGAGAGAGAGAUUAAAAAGUUAAAGGAGGAAAUAACAUGGGAUGCUGCCAGCAAUUGUGGCGGAUGGCAGAUGAGAUCCCAGUUCCCGGAGCAGCCCCCGAGCGCCAGGCUGGAGGCACCAGGUUUUGGGGGAGCGGCGAGUUUCACCGUGCGAAGUCUCAGCAUCACGAGCGGGGUUUCUCGUGCUCGAGAGACCUGGAACACAAACGUGCGGCCGGGUGUGCAUCCGGCUGUUACAGCUUCAUUCUGCACUGACGGGCCGGACGGGCAGCGGGAAGCGAUUUUGUUCCAGCAAGACAGGGAGCGUCUGGGGCGGCGGGAGCUUGGUUGGGCCCCUUCUCAUCUGUUACCAGCCUGGAAAUGAAAAAUCCGGCGGUGAUUUGUAGCAGCUGCAGUGGAGCAGAAAAGCUGUUGACACCUCCGAUCCAUCGCCGCUGGAUUUGUGCUGUGCUCCCUGGUGGGCUGUGUGGGUGUUUAACCCGGGCGGCUGAGCACCACGCAGCCCUUCGCUCACCCACGGGGGGAGAGAACUGGGGAAAAAAGUGGAAUUCCUGGUUUGAGAUAAAGACGGUUCAGCUGGACAGACAGUCGCCACGUGCCUUUUCAGAGGAGGUUUGUGCGUUCGAGAGGAGCUGUGCAUGGCACUGAGUUUCGCUCCCAUACCCGCAGCCAGGGUGAGAUUUUGUCCUCCAAAAUGUCACUUGGUAACAGCAAGUAAUGACAAACACUUAUUGUUAUUCUCCCUUUUCUUCCUCUGUGGGAGUAGAUGGUAUUGCUAAGUGACCGAAUACUCCUUUGACCCUUGAAAAUGCAAGAGUCAUGUUUAAUUCAUGCCUUUUAUUCAUAGGUUUGGGCUCCUCCGGUUCCCGUCCCGCUGGGCGGCUGUGGAGCAGGGGGGCGUUUGGCCAGAGCGGCCUCGGGGCCGCGGCACCGGCUCCAUGUGCGCCCGCGAGGGCUUGCGAGACGGUAAAUACGGCAAGUUUUCCUGGGACGUGUGACCCGAGCAGAACGGGGGACGUUGUCCUUUCUCCCAGCACAGCUCUGGUUAAAGCACUGGAACGCAGAUUGCUGUGGGCAAAGCAUCACAGCAAGGAAAUGGAGAAGCAGCAAAGGGAGGGAACGGCAGCCUGGAGGAAGAUUAAGGGUUUAGAGAGGAUGGCUGUGAAGAAAGUCAUUAGAGGAAAUUAAACAUAGGCUGGAGAUGGAGGCUGGGGAAGAAAUCUGGCCAUGCUGGUGCGAGGGGACAUUGUAGAGGGGGAAUUGCUCUCAUCGCUGGACUGUGCAGCGUGGGGACCGCAGGACGGCAUCAUAUGAAGCAGGACGGCAGCACACAGAGCAGGACAGUGUCAUAUGGAGCAGGACAGCAGCACAUGGAGCAGGACGGCAGGACAGUGUCAUAUGGAGCAGGACGGCAGCACAUGGAGCAGGAGGCUCACACGCCUCACAGCCCAGCCAGAAACUCUGGCACUGGGACCAGCCUGGGCUGAAAGCAGCAGCGCAGCAGCAGGGGCUGGAGCAGGCAGGAAGACGUUGGUUGCUGCCCAGUGGAGCCUUGGUGUACACACUUGAUGGACACGAAAGAGCUUUCGGUAGAGCUCUUCUGCCUCUGAUUUUUCAGCCUGGUGAUGGAAUGUGCAGUCUGGACGUGCCUCCUCCCUCGGACAAACGACAACCUGAGGCGUCAUCAGUUGCCUUGAACUUGGCAGCUGCUUCAGCAGGGAGGUGCUGUGGGAGAUGGGCCGGGAUUCCCCGCCAGCCUCGCGUGCUGAGGAUGCUGCUGGGCGGGCAGCACGCGGGGCCUGACCCCGGUUCUCCUCCCCCACUGCCCCUUUUCUUCUUAAAAAAUAGGGAAGAAUUAAAUCCCAUCAAUGGCUUUUAAAAGCCAACUGAAAAUGUCCUUUAUUAAAUUACCACCCUAUUGAUCUAGCAGUCAUCCGAAAGGGGAUUGAUUGAGGACUUAAACAGACGCGCAGCCGGGCCAGACGUUCAAUUAAUGUGCAUAAACGGGCAGUGGAGAAGCAAUUUUCGGAGAUAAGCACAUCGAUGAGAGGCAGAGCCCGCUGCUCCCGCAGCAGUGAUCGGCACCCCCAGAGUCACUGCUGGGGCUGAUCUGCACCCCAGAGUCACUGCUGGGACAGACCCUGUGCCGGGUGUCCUGGGGCUGAUCUGCACCCCAGAGUCACUGCUGGGACAGACCCUGUGCCGGGUGUCCUGGGGCUGAUCUGCACCCCAGAGUCACUGCUGGGACAGACCCUGUGCCGGGUGUCCUGGGGCUGAUCUGCACCCCAGAGUCAGUGCUGGGACAGACCCUGUGCCGGGUGUCCUGGGGCCGCUCCUGCCCUGGGAGCAGCCCAAGCGCUUCCCUUCCCCAGGACAAACCCCCCAACCCCUCGGAACAGCAGCACAGCCCCUUCCUGCCGGUAAAUUUGGGGGGCAGGGGGAAAGAAGUGAUUUAUAGAUAUAGUUGGGAUUUUAUUUGCAUUUUAAAUCACACUCUCUGCUAAACUAAUGGACCCCCUAUUUAUAGAUGACUCCAACAUAAAGUGACUGCUAAUUACUACAAUUAAUAUAGCGUUAAAGGCUUGCCAGCCAACUCCACUGCAACUUGUAUCGCCUACUCAUUUUCAAUUAAGGCACAUUGACAAGUAAAAUACGCAGUUAUUAAGAGCAGAGCCCUGUUGUGUAAUUACAUUUUUCUAAGGUCAUUAAUCUCCUGCAAGAUUCAGUUUUGCACCCGAUGGCCGGAGUGGGGGCAGUUUGGAGGGACAGCCCGUGGGGGGACGGUGGUGGCAUUUAGGGAACGUAAGAGAAGGGGAGAUACUCUUUUUCUCUCGUUGUGCCCCAGGUUGCGGGUGCACGUCCUCGGGUGGCCCCGGGGACCGUGGUGUCUGUGGCAGCGGGUGCCGCAGCCUGUCCCGUGUGUCCCCUCCGUGCGGGAGCUCAGCCCCAGCAGCAGCGGCGCUUUUGGUGCGUUGUGCAAUUUUGGCCGGGUGUCGGUAAAGGCGCUACCAGCCAUGGAGGAGGCAACCCGAGCAAAAGGAGAAUAAAUGAAGAAAAGCCAGGCUUAACUGCAAACAAACCAGCAAACAGGCAGAGCAGCAAAGGACCAUCGGCUCCUGGAUGCCGCCAGCAGCGACUGGCGCAGUCAUGCGCAAACAUCACGGCGUUCGUGCACACGCGGUGACAAGGGCUCGGCUCCGUGAGGUGACUGACACAGAAGCGGUUCCAGCGCUGGAGACUGAGACACCAACGAGCCAUUUGCCAGGAAAUUACCCUUUGAGAUUCCUCCUCUCCGGUCGGUUUAAUUGGCGCUCGCAGCUGCUGUGCCUGACGCGCGAGGGGCUGCUCCUGGCGCCCGUCCCGAGCCCGGCGCCGUGUCCCCGCGCAGCCGGAGCAGCCAGCUGGAGUCGGACCAAGGCUGGAUGCUGAAGUGACAAGUCCCCUGAGUCGUUCUGCAGCCGACCCUGAGCCCCCCAAGCCAGGAGCAUCGCUGGCAAGCACCAGGUCCCUUCGUCCUGCAUCCCCGUGCUCUGCCGCCUCGCCACGCUGGCUCAGGCGCCACUUGCAGCCCAGCCCCUGGGAACAGUCCCUGGCAGCCAGCGAGAGCUGCUCGUUAAUUAGCCUCCGUUACUCCCGAGCAUCCCCUGCAAUAACACACAGCUCCUGCCUUUUAACUACCUACAAGUAAUCGCUCAGGCUCCAGUGACAAGGGAAGGAACAAGCCCCUGGUCGCAUUGUUUGCAAUAAUUUUCCUGGCUGUUAACCUGCUCCCAUGCUCUUAAUUUUUCUCCACGAAGCCCCGGAUGCGAUGGGGAAGGACGGGAGCCAAGUGUGGCUCCGAUCCCGCUGCUGACUCGCUGCCAGCACGUUCCGCAGGUCCCAUUCUUCCCAGCCCAUUCCAUGUGCUGGUUUUAAGGGCAUGGAGCGUGCGGCCACGUGGGUCUGCGCAAGGGAGACUUCUCACUUAUGUCAGGCUACAAAUUCCAAUGGAAAAGGACGGAAAACAUGAAUGACUGUGACUGGGGUUUUUGUGUUAGUCCUAGAAAUCGCGUAUUGGCCUCAGAAAGGCACUCGCUGCCCCUAAACAUCUUGUAAUGCAAGGAGAACAUCCUUCAGCCCUGUCUGAGCUGUCAGCCUUGCAGGAUAUUCCCAAGGAGCCGCUGUUUUCUUCUCUUGUUGCCUGUAAAUCCCCGGCACACUUAAUGCCUGUCUCCUGAUCAGGAGCUAACGCCGGAGCCCCAAAUAAACCUGCUGAAACGCCCCGGCUUAGCAUGCUGAGCGUAAUGUUCUUAGCCAGCCUCAUCGCAGCAAAUCUCCAUAUUUCUCAGGGAUAAACGCUCACCUCUCCUCCCUCUGCCUUCUACUUUCUGGCUGAUUUUCCACCAUGGGUGUGUUGUGCGGCUGUAAUUGCUGGUGGGAUGCUGAGGCCGCUGGAAGAGUCUUUGUUUCGCCGUACCCUCUGUUGCGCACCCUGCGUGGUCUGCAGACAGCCCUGUCUUUGGUGGGAGAUGCUUUUGCAAAGCCAGAAGCUGGGAAGCCCCUGAGCACCUUUCGGCUGGGCCGGUCCCGGCGGUGGGACAGGAGCUGCUGGCCAGGCUGGCGGUGAGUGCUGGCUGCACCGCGGGCACAGCGCUGCCGGGAGGGGGUUCCAGUGUCACCGUGGCGGAGCAGCGACCGGUGGCACCGCGGGCCGUUCUGGGCGCUGCAGCUCCUCUGCGGGUCGCUCCCAGGGUCUGGGGUCGCUUGUGCCAGCUCAGGCAGGGGCUGCUCGGUUUGACACUGAUUCACAUGCGUUCCCGGUGCUGCCUUUUGAAUUUCGGGGGCAAAGGGAGCGGAAUCCCGCCCUGCCCACACCGCUGCGCUGCCCUGAGCUGCUGCUGCUGCUGAAGAACAACCAGGGCUCGAAAGCCACGCGUGGCAGAGAGAGGCUGCGUCGAAACAGGACCCAGGUCAGCGAGCUCAGAGCCACCCGCCCUCAAACACGAGCCGUGCCGUGAGAGGAGGUGCUGGGCAGGGCGUGCUCACAGCUCGCAGCCCCGUCUGGGCGCAGAGCGUGGGUGGAGGAGGGAAAAGAGACCGUGGAAGGGGAGAGAUGGGGGAGCUGGUGGGGGGAGGAGGGACAGGCAGGGAUUAUUCCUAAAGCACUGAGGGGGGGGAGAUGAGAAUGUAGAUCACCAGAAUUGGCGAGGGACAGGCCAUAAAGCAAAAAUAAAAAGGUAUUAUAAUUUAUGAUGCACAGUAAAAAUAUCCUGGGAACUGGGUUAUGAAGAAGAAUUCAUUCUCUCGCCAACUCUGCGUAUCCUUAAAGAUGAUAAAUGACAUUGUGAUUCUUCCGUGUAUCCGAGAGCUGGAAAAUUCACUCCACCUUGGAGCUCUGUCCGUGUCCCCUCUGUGCCUGUCCUGCCCCCCAAAGCCAAGAGCUGCCGAGCCAGACCCGCCACUGUCCCCCCGUGGGGAGGGUCCCCCAGACCUGCCUGGGGACGCGGCUCCGGGAUGCAGUGUGGGGGGUGCAGUGCCCGGUGGGGCACAGUGCAUGGGGGGGCCGUGCAUGUGUGUCACAGGGCUGUGGCCAGGACUUCUGCCACCACUUCUGGGGGGCUGUUUGUCCCCCCAUCCCCAGAUGCAGAUCCUCCUGCCCACCUGGGUGGCUGCUGGUGUCCUUUGCAUGGUGCGCAUAGUGUCCCAGUGUCUCCAGGUGCCACAGCAGAGCUGAGCGGAGGAGCCCCCGCACCCCCGUCCCGUGCAGGGUGCAUGUUUGGUGCGAGUGGGAGUAAUUCCCUUUAUCAUCCAGAGCCAUGUGGCCUUUGAACCCGGCCCAGGCAGGUCAGGACCGGGUCCAGGAGCUGGGUUGGCCUUUACCCAGCUGAACGCUGCGGAGCAAGGUGUAAACGUGGAUUAGUUGUUCACAAGGUGGAUUUAAAGAGUUAGGAGAACUGAAGCCAAAACUUCCUUUAAAGCGCACAAGCAGCCUUGGCAUCUCUUCCCUCCCCUCCGCACAAAGCCAGCCCGCUGGGUUGCUGCUUUGAUAAGAGCCCUUGAUGCCUCCGUGCCUCCAGGCACCGAAUAAAAGGUUUAAUUACCCGCUGCCAGGCCCGUAGCGCUGCUGACAGCCGGGGCUGCUCCUGCCCGCACCACGGGAAGGAAAAGCUUCCUGCAGAGCAGCCCAUCCCAGUUCAUCUGCAGGAGCGGCUGCUGCUGCUGCUCCGGGCGCUGGGCACAGCCCCUGCUCGCCCUGCUGCGCUCCGGGGCGGCGGGUCCCUCUGUCCCCAGGGCGGCGGGUCCCUCUGUCCCCUGGGCCGGUGGGUCCCUCUGUCCCCAGGGCGGCGGGUCCCUCUGUCCCCAGGGUGAUGGGUCCCUUUCCUCGCUCACUUCUAGAGAAGCAUCAUGAGCUGGGAACCAGUGCUGAAGUGGAGGGUGGGGACCAGUCCCAUUGGUAACGGCUAAAGAGGGAGUGAGUAAUAAACAGGGAUGGUGGAUAUUUGGCAAGAUAAAUGGUGCACAGAAAAUACGCUGCUUGCAAACUUUGUGGGGAUAAAAAUGAUUUGAAGAGAUGCCGUCAAGAUAAAAAUCAUAUCUGUUCAAGAACAACUCCUCACAAGUGUUAUUAAUAGUACCCAAGAUUGUUACACUGGGAAGGACUUUAAAAUAUUGCGUUUGCUUUUGCUGUCAGCACUGCCUGGUUCAGCUCCUGGUGUGCGCCUGGCCGGGGAGCGCGGUGACCCCGGGCAGGUGGGCGGCGGGUGAGGUGGCCGGGCACGCCAGCCCCACUUCCCCCAGUUCGGCUCCUCGGCACCCCCGGGGCCGUGGGUUUGGGGUGCAGCUGCGUUUCUCCACCCUGUGCUCCAGCCGUGAGCGUCCCCUGCACCCCGAGCUGCCCCUGCGUGGCGGCACUUUGGCAGGCGCUUUGCUGUGGCCACCUUGACGUCGAUGCUCUGGACUCUUGCACAGAGCCCCCCCGUACCCCUUAACAGCAGCCGGGGGGGACAUCAGUGAGAGGCUCCAGCUGCUGCUUUCCCCGCGCCCCGGGAAGCUGCGCUUUGCUGGGAUGAAAGGCUCCUCCAGCAUCACAGGCCCCCUCCCGGGGUGUUUAAUUACCGGCUGUGAUCCACUUGUCUCCUCAGCUUCUCUUUGCCAACAUCAAGGUGCCGCUCAGCCGGGUCCCCCGUCCCACUCAUCAGCUCCAUCGCUGCGGUUCCCGCUGCCACACGGGGACAGGGACACAGGGAGGGAUGUGCUGAGCUCGAGCUUUGCUCAGCACGCUGCUCGCUCGUUCUGCCCCUUCCCAAAGACCGCGAUGUCCCCAUCUGUCCCCUCUCCGCUGCUUAACCCUCUGCAGAGCUUGUCCCUGCGCAGCCCCAGCCUCUCCCCCUGACACCUCCAGUCCUCUCUGUGCAUCUGGGCACAUGUUGCAGCUCUCCUCUCCUGCAGCUCCGUGCAUCCCGCAGCUCCAUGCGUCCUGCAGCUCCGUGGAUCCUGCAGCUCCACGCGUCCUGCAGCACCGUGCAUCCUGCAGCUCCGUGCGUCCUGCAGCUCCAUGCAUCCUGCAGCUCCGUGCGUCCUGCAGCUCCGUGCGUCCUGCAGCUCCGUGCAUCCCUCUGUCCCCUUAGCCCCCCAGCCCCAUCCUGGCUGCCGCUUUCUCUGGGCUCCUUCCCAGCACUUGACACCUUUCAGCCUGUUGAGGAUUCGUUGUGCUGCCUGGGCUGCUGGUGCUGCGGGAGAAGGGGGAUCGCUGCUGUAUUGUAGGCUGACUGGGUUGAAAGCUGUGAAAGCAGAACUGAGAAUUUAAUGGCACAUUAAAUAUACGGCUGAUUGUUAGGUCCAAUUUUGAUUUCAAAGCAAAUAUGGGCUUGGGAAUUAAGGAUGAAGAUGAGUUUCACUACGAGGUAAAUAAAAAUUAACUGAUGGUCAUAUAAAUAUACCUGCAUAUUAAAAGCGGGCAUGUGUUUUUUGAAAUACACUUGGUUAGACAAGCGAGAGUUUGGGUUAUUUUUAUUAAAGCUUCAUAAAGAUGGCAAAAUUUCGAGGACUUACAAACAAUAAAAAUACCCCCAGCUCCAC